AUGGGUGCCGGGCAGGUCUGCGCUCACGAGCGCAUGAGCGGGGUGGUCCAGCGGCUCAGCGGGCGCCGCAUCGCGGGCUAUUUCGAUGUGGAGGUGCCUCGUGCCCGCCCCAGCAACAGCUACAUCUGCAACGAGACUCACUGGAGGGCCCUGACGGCGCUGCGGAGUGCGGAGCGCCAGGGGGAUGCGGCCUUGACUGCGUGUUUCUUCAUGCACAUCCCGAUGCCCGCCAAGGAGUCUUUUAAGAGCCCGCAGCAUCAGAAGGCGUUCGAGGAGCGCUUCUGCGACCUGGCCGAUGACACGGACUAUACCCAGCUGGCGAGGGGCGUGGCCGACCUCGUCAAGCUGCUGAUCUUGGAGGGCACGGCUUGA